AUGCCAAUUGCUCUGAUACCAUUGAGAAGCCAAGGAAAUCUCGGUGGUUUGAAUGUUGUGGUUAUCAUAGAUAAUAUAAGAGCAUUGUGGCCUGACCAACUUCUAGCAAAUUCAUUUUCCAAAUUAAGGAAAUUGCAAGUAAAGGGAUGCAAAAAAUUGCUAAACCUUUUUCCGGUUUCUGUGGCGAGUGCUCCUGUGCAACUUGAGGACCUAAAUCUAUUGCAGAGUGGAGUGGAGGCAGUUGUUCACAAUGAAAAUGAAGAUGAAGCAGCACCUUUACUCUUAUUCCCUAACCUUACCUCUCUCGAACUCGCCGGUUUACACCAACUCAAAAGAUUUUGCUCUAGAAGGUUUAGUUCAAGCUGGCCACUUUUGAAAGAAUUGGAAGUGCUCUAUUGUGAUAAAGUGGAGAUACUCUUUCAACAAAUAAAUUAUGAAUGUGAACUUGAGCCACUCUUCUGGGUAGAACAGGUUGCACUCCCAGGCUUGGAGUCCGUGUCUGUAUGCGGACUAGAUAAUAUAAGAGCAUUGUGGCCUGACCAACUUCCAGCAAAUUCAUUUUCCAAAUUAAGGAAAUUGCAAGUAAGGGGAUGCAACAAAUUGCUAAACCUUUUUCCGGUUUCUGUGGCGAGUGCUCUUGUGCAACUUGAGAACCUAAAUAUAUUUUAUAGUGGAGUGGAGGCAAUUGUUCACAAUGAAAAUGAAGAUGAAGCAGCACUUUUACUUUUAUUCCCUAACCUUACCUCUCUCACACUCUCCGGUUUACACCAACUCAAAAGAUUUUGCUCUAGAAAGUUUAGUUCAAGUUGGCCACUUCUGAAAGAAUUGGAAGUGCUCGAUUGUGAUAAAGUGGAGAUACUCUUUCAACAAAUAAAUUCUGAAUGUGAACUUGAGCCACUCUUCUGGGUAGAACAGGUUGCACUCCCAGGCUUGGAGUCCUUUUCUGUAUGCGGACUAGAUAAUAUAAGAGCAUUGUGGCCUGACCAACUUCCAGCAAAUUCAUUUUCCAAAUUAAGGGAAUUGCAAGUAAGGGGAUGCAACAAAUUGCUAAACCUUUUUCCGGUUUCUGUGGCGAGUGCUCUUGUGCAACUUGAGAACCUAAAUAUAUUUCAGAGUGGAGUGGAGGCAAUUGUUGCCAAUGAAAAUGAAGAUGAGGCAGCACCUUUACUCUUAUUCCCUAACCUUACCUCUCUCACACUCUCCGGUUUACACCAACUCAAAAGAUUUUGCUCUAGAAGGUUUAGUUCAAGCUGGCCACUUCUGAAAGAAUUGGAAGUGCUCUAUUGUGAUAAAGUGGAGAUACUCUUUCAACAAAUAAAUUCUGAAUGUGAACUUGAGCCACUCUUCUGGGUAGAACAGGUUGCACUCCCAGGCUUGGAGUCCUUGUAUGUAUGCGGACUGGAUAAUAUAAGAGCAUUGUGGCCUGACCAACUUCCAACAAAUUCAUUUUCCAAAUUAAGGAAAUUGCAUGUAAGGGGAUUCAACAAAUUGCUAAACCUUUUUCGGGUUUCUGUGGCGAGUGCUCUUGUGCAACUUGAGGACCUAUAUAUAUCAGAGAGUGGAGUGGAGGCAAUUGUUGCCAAUGAAAAUGAAGAUGAAGCAGCACCUUUACUCUUAUUCCCUAACCUUACCUCUCUCACACUCUCCGGUUUACACCAACUCAAAAGAUUUUGCUCUAGAAGGUUUAGUUCAAGCUGGCUACUUCUGAAAGAAUUGGAAGUGCUCGAUUGUGAUAAAGUGGAGAUACUCUUUCAACAAAUAAAUUCUGAAUGUGAACUUGAGCCACUCUUCUGGGUAGAACAGGUUGCACUCCAAGGCUUGGAGUCCUUGUAUGUAUGCGGACUGGAUAAUAUAAGAGCAUUGUGGCCUGACCAACUUCCAACAAAUUCAUUUUCCAAAUUAAGGAAAUUGCAUGUAAGGGGAUUCAACAAAUUGCUAAACCUUUUUCGGGUUUCUGUGGCGAGUGCUCUUGUGCAACUUGAGGACCUAUAUAUAUCGGAGAGUGGAGUGGAGGCAAUUGUUGCCAAUGAAAAUGAAGAUGAAGCAGCACCUUUACUCUUAUUCCCUAACCUUACCUCUCUCACACUCUCCGGUUUACACCAACUCAAAAGAUUUUGCUCUAGAAGGUUUAGUUCAAGCUGGCUACUUCUGAAAGAAUUGGAAGUGCUCGAUUGUGAUAAAGUGGAGAUACUCUUUCAACAAAUAAAUUCUGAAUGUGAACUUGAGCCACUCUUCUGGGUAGAACAGGUUGCACUCCCAGGUUUGGAGUCCUUGUCUGUACGCGGACUAGAUAAUAUAAGAGCAUUGUGGCCUGACCAACUUCCAGCAAAUUCAUUUUCCAAAUUAAGGAAAUUGCAAGUAAGGGGAUGCAACAAAUUGCUAAACCUUUUUCCGGUUUCUGUGGCGAGUGCUCUUGUGCAACUUGAGGACCUUUAUAUAUCGGAGAGUGGAGUGGAGGCAAUUGUUGCCAAUGAAAAUGAAGAUGAAGCAGCACCUUUACUCUCAUUCCCUAACCUUACCUCUCUCACACUCUCCGGUUUACACCAACUCAAAAGAUUUUGCUCUAGAAGGUUUAGUUCAAGCUGGCCACUUCUGAAAGAAUUGGAAGUGCUCGAUUGUGAUAAAGUGGAGAUACUCUUUCAACAAAUAAAUUCUGAAUGUGAACUUGAGCCACUCUUCUGGGUAGAACAGGUUGCACUCCCAGGUUUGGAGUCCUUGUCUGUACGCGGACUAGAUAAUAUAAGAGCAUUGUGGUCUGACCAACUUCCAGCAAAUUCAUUUUCCAAAUUAAGGAAAUUGCAAGUAAGGGGAUGCAACAAAUUGCUAAACCUUUUUCCGGUUUCUGUGGCGAGUGCUCUUGUGCAACUUGAGGACCUAUAUAUAUCGGAAAGUGGAGUGGAGGCAAUUGUUGCCAAUGAAAAUGAAGAUGAAGCAGCACUUUUACUCUUAUUCCCUAACCUUACCUCUCUUACACUCUCCGGUUUACACCAACUCAAAAGAUUUUUCUCUAGAAGGUUUAGUUCAAGCUGGCCACUUCUGAAAGAAUUGGAAGUGCUCGAUUGUGAUAAAGUGGAGAUACUCUUUCAACAAAUAAAUUAUGAAUGUGAACUUGAGCCACUCUUCUGGGUAGAACAGGUUGCACUCCCAGGCUUGGAGUCCUUGUCUGUACGUGGACUAGAUAAUAUAAGAGCAUUGUGGCCUGACCAACUUCCAGCAAAUUCAUUUUCCAAAUUAAGGAAAUUGCAAGGAAGGGGAUGCAACAAAUUGCUAAACCUUUUUCCGGUUUCUGUGGCGAGUGCUCUUGUGCAACUUGAGGACCUUUAUAUAUCGGAGAGUGGAGUGGAGGCAAUUGUUGCCAAUGAAAAUGAAGAUGAAGCAGCACCUUUACUCUCAUUCCCUAACCUUACCUCUCUCACACUCUCCGGUUUACACCAACUCAAAAGAUUUUGCUCUAGAAGGUUUAGUUCAAGCUGGCCACUUCUGAAAGAAUUGGAAGUGCUCGAUUGUGAUAAAGUGGAGAUACUCUUUCAACAAAUAAAUUCUGAAUGUGAACUUGAGCCACUCUUCUGGGUAGAACAGGUUGCACUCCCAGGGUUGGAGUCCUUGUCUGUACGCGGACUAGAUAAUAUAAGAGCAUUGUGGCCUGACCAACUUCCAGCAAAUUCAUUUUCCAAAUUAAGGAAAUUGCAAGUAAGGGGAUGCAACAAACUGCUAAACCUUUUUCCGGUUUCUGUGGCGAGUGCUCUUGUGCAUCUUGAGGACCUAUAUAUAUCGGAGAGUGGAGUGGAGGCAAUUGUUGCCAAUGAAAAUGAAGAUGAAGCAGCACCUUUACUCUUAUUCCCUAACCUUACCUCUCUCACACUCUCCGGUUUACACCAACUGAAAAGAUUUUGCUCUAGAAGGUUUAGUUCAAGCUGGCCACUUCUGAAAGAAUUGGAAGUGCUCGAUUGUGAUAAAGUGGAGAUACUCUUUCAACAAAUAAAUUCUGAAUGUGAACUUGAGCCACUCUUCUGGGUAGAACAGGUUGCACUCCCAGGCUUGGAGUCCUUGUCUGUACGUGGACUAGAUAAUAUAAGAGCAUUGUGGCCUGACCAACUUCCAGCAAAUUCAUUUUCCAAAUUAAGGAAAUUGCAAGUAAGGGGAUGCAACAAAUUGCUAAACCUUUUUCCGGUUUCUGUGGCGAGUGCUCUUGUGCAACUUGAUUACCUAUAUAUAUCGGAGAGUGGAGUGGAGGCAAUUGUUGCCAAUGAAAAUAAAGAUGAAGCAGCACCUUUACUCUUAUUCCCUAACCUUACCUCUCUCACUCUCUCUGGUUUACACCAACUCAAAAGAUUUUGCUCUAGAAGGUUUAGUUCAAGUUGGCCACUUCUGAAAGAAUUGGAAGUGCUCGAUUGUGAUAAAGUGGAGAUACUCUUUCAACAAAUAAAUUCUGAAUGUGAACUUGAGCCACUCUUCUGGGUAGAACAGGUUGCAUUCCCAGGCUUGGAGUCCCUGUAUGUACGAGAACUAGAUAAUAUAAGAGCAUUGUGGUCUGACCAACUUCCAGCAAAUUCGUUUUCCAAAUUAAGGAAAUUGAAAGUAAUUGGAUGCAACAAAUUGCUAAAUCUUUUUCCGCUUUCUGUGGCGAGUGCUCUUGUGCAACUUGAGGAACUACAUAUAUGGGGGGGUGAAGUGGAGGCAAUUGUUUCCAAUGAAAAUGAAGAUGAAGCAGUACCGCUACUCUUAUUCCCUAACCUUACCUCUCUCAAACUCUGUGGUUUACACCAACUCAAAAGAUUUUGCUCUGGAAGGUUUAGUUCAAGCUGGCCACUUCUAAAAAAAUUGAAAGUGCACGAAUGUGAUGAAGUGGAGAUACUCUUUCAACAAAAAAGUUUGGAAUGUGAACUUGAGCCACUCUUCUGGGUAGAACAGGAAGCAUUUCCUAAUUUGGAAGAACUAACAUUGAACUUAAAGGGCACUGUGGAGAUAUGGCGAGGCCAAUUUUCAAGGGUGUCUUUUUCGAAGUUAAGCUAUUUGAAUAUAGAACAGUGUCAAGGUAUUUCGGUUGUGAUUCCCUCAAAUAUGGUUCAAAUACUACAUAAUCUAGAAGAACUAGAGGUGGAUAUGUGUGAUUCAAUGAAUGAGGUUAUCCAAGUAGAAAUAGUGGGAAAUGAUGGACAUGAACUAAUAGAUAAUGAGAUUGAGUUCACCAGAUUAAAGAGUUUGACACUUCAUCAUUUGCCAAAUCUAAAAAGCUUUUGCUCAUCAACAAGAUAUGUCUUCAAAUUCCCAUCCUUGGAAAGAAUGAAGGUGAGAGAAUGUCGUGGGAUGGAAUUUUUCUACAAGGGAGUCUUAGACGCACCAAGGCUAAAAAGUGUACAAAAUGAAUUUUUCGAAGAAUGUUGGCAGGAUGACCUGAAUACCACCAUACGCAAGAUGUUCAUGGAACAGGGUUAUAAAGAGGAAGAUUCUGAAAAAUCGGAUUCUAUCAAUUCAGAUCUUAGGGAGGAGGAUUUUGAAGAAGACUGAUUUCAUUUUCCGUAUGCAAAACAAGGAAGAGGUGUUUGUUUUUUCUACAUAGUCUAUGUGAGUGAAACACUGCCUUCAAUUGCUUUUUUUUUUUUUUUGUGCAUGUAUAUUAUUACAUCUUCGAAAGGCCUUUGUUCUUAAUGUCCUUUUUUAGGUAUGUUGGACUUUUUAUUUUGAGGAGAUGCAUAGAUUAACAUUUGUGGUAGAAAAAUGUCUGCUAAUGAUGUUUCCUUUAUUUAAAUCGACUAUAGAAGGAUUUUUAUCUCUA